GAUGUGGGCUAACAAUUAAUUCAUCUAAGCAAUAACAUAUUUGCAUAGAUAGACAUUAAUUUGUUAGCUAGUCCAAGUCUCGUUUCAUAUAUUUUAAUUUAACUCAUUAGUUCAGAUCAAAUGGCUUCUGCAGCUCGCUUGACCUUCUUUGCCGUUUCCAUGGUUUUGCUUUCUUCAGUUGCCAUAGCAACUGACUUCACUGUGGGUGAUGGGACUGGCUGGACUCUUGACUUCAACUACACAGCGUGGGCACAGGCCAAACUUUUCCGUGUUGGUGACACCCUUUGGUUCAAUUACGACAAGACGAAGCACAACGUGGUGAAAGUGAAUGGGACAGAAUUCCAGGAGUGCAGCUUCACGGCAAACAACGAGGUACUUUCGAGCGGAAAGGACAGCAUAGUGCUGAAAACGGAAGGGAAGAAGUGGUACGUUUGUGGCGUAGGAAACCACUGCGCUGCUCAUCAAAUGAAGUUUGUUAUCAACGUUGAAGCCCAGGGUCCUGCUCCUGCUCCCACUUCUUCUGCUCCUUCUCUAGUUUCAUCUCUAUUUGGACUCCUCUUCCUUGCCAUCGCAGCCAUCUUUGCUUGAGCAUCUUUCUUUAUGUGUGUUCUUUUUUGUUUGAUUUUCCCUGCUUGUUGAAUGAAUGAAUUAUUAUCAUGACUUAUUUUGUUGUUGUACGCUAGCUGAUCUUAAUAAUACAUGUCUAAUUUGAUUUGGACUAGAA